CCCACCAAUUUAAUUUUCUCUUCAACUCCCAACCCAAACAUCGCGCAUUCGCCAAUCGCUACUUGCCCCUUAUCUCUCCCUUUCAUUCUACCCUCUCUUGCUAUGGCCACCGUCCUCCGAACUCCCACAUUCCGGGCAUCCCCAACGCUACUCACCACCGCCUCCGCCUCCUCCAAUUAUCCCAAAACCUCUAGGGUUUCCGUCACAUCCUCCAGAAGGAGGCCGUCACCACUUAAAUCCCUCCGGCUCCAUCCAAUUCCCUCCUCGCGGUUCGUGAAGUUAGUUCCCUUUGCUUUUGACGGAGAUACCGAGGCUCCCCAAGUUCAAGACCCGCCUGAGGUUCAGGUUCCGGAUUCUCCAGUUGAUGCAGAGGAUAGUACAGGUGAUGACGAGCUUAGCGAUGCUGGUGAAACACCCGCUUUAACUUUGACAGUCUUACUACAGUCUUACAAAGAAGCAUUAGCUAAUAACGAUGAAGUCAAAAUUGCUGAGUUGGAAACCUCGUUUAAAUCCAUAGAUGAUGAGAUAGUAGCUCUUGAAGCGAAAGUGGAUUCUUUAUCUGAAGAACUAUCAAUAGAAAAAGACCGUAAACUAAGGAUUGGUGCAGACUUUGACAAUUAUCGUAAGAGGACCGAGAGAGAUCGCCUUUCACUGGUCACAAAUGCUCAGGGGGAAGUUGUAGAGACUUUGUUGCCUGUAUUGGAUAAUUUUGAGAGAGCCAAAGCUCAGAUUAAGGUGGAGACAGAGGGAGAGGAGAAAGUAAACAACAGCUAUCAGAGCAUAUAUAAGCAGUUCAUUGAAAUUCUAAACUCACUUGGAGUUGAACCAGUGGAGACAGUUGGAAGUCCCUUUGAUCCAAUGCUACAUGAAGCAAUUAUGCGUGAGGAUUCUGAUGAAUUUGAAGAUGGCAUUAUAAUUCAAGAAUUCAGAAAGGGUUUUAAACUUGGUGACCGCCUCUUACGCCCAUCAAUGGUGAAGGUAUCAGCCGGUCCAGGGCCUGCAAAGCCGGAACAAGAAGUACCUCUGGAAGAACAAGUCACAAAUGAAAUUACUGAAGAGAAUGAUGUCAACGCAAAAACAGAGUCUGCUUGAACAGACAACUCUUUGCUUGAAUUCAGUUUUGUACAAGUAUAUCAGUUUAAUCUCCAAGAACUUAAUGAUGGGGGUUACAGUUGCUCAAGAGAUAUUCCUGUCAAGUUUCCUUUUAAGGGAACUUAGUAUUAUGAGAUUAUGAAUUAUGAUUUCAGAUUUGUAUGUCCUUGCACGGUUUUGGUAGAGAUGACUAAAUUUUUUCAGAGGUACCAUGUUUCUGAAAGGACCCCAAGUAAGUUGCAAUUGAUCAAGUGCUUGGCACCUGGAGUUGGAAGAAUCAGGGUGAACUUUUAAAUUAAGGUUUUAGUAAUGACACUAUUUCUUCAUAUUAUUGCACAUUAUUUAUUAUUUAGUUAACCUGGAAGCAAUUCUAGUUAAUGUA